AUACUCAUAACCAAAAGAGUGUUCAAUUCAUUAUUGUUUUCAUUGUGAUAUCACAAAUUAAUAUUAAUUUUAAAAAUUCGAAAAUGGCAUUUCAACGUCUCCGUCGUAUCGAUUUAGGAGGAAUGGUGGUCAUCUAUGAAGGAGGUUCCAUCAAAAAUGAAGCUGCACUUCACGAAGCAGAAAAUAAAUGUCUUUGUGAAAAAUUAUCCGUUGCCGAAAAAUUAGGUUAUUUGUUCAAAUGCAUUUCGUUGGACCCAAUAAGAAGUGUAAAAAUGCUUGAAAUUCGUGAUUACAAAUUGAGAAAAACUGAGAGAUCAAUUUUGGUUGGAAUACUGAAGCAUUCAAAAUGCGCUAAUAUACGAAAAGUAAAAUUGAUCAAUGUUUAUGAUGUCGUAUAUACUCAAAACAACAUUUUGAAAGAAGUACAAACGCUUGAUAUCGAUUUUGAUGAAGACUACAGUCCACCAGCACCCAGUUGUUUAAGCUGUUUGGAUCUAUGGGCGGCAAUCGUAGCUUUGUUUGGCGCUGUACUUGCAAUCAUAAACUACAACUGGAAAUUUGUCGAAUUUGAAACAUUUUCUCUAUGUUUUCAAGUAAUUGGUGCCUUUUUAUUCGCGCUAUCACCGUUUAGAAAUGUAUUUUGUAAUUGCUCUGAAUCCGAAUCAGCUGUGAUGUUUGUGCCAAAACAGAAUGUUGAUCAGAGUACAAGUGUUUGAAAAGAAAUGUGUCCAUCAAAAUAUAAAAAAAAACUCUUUCACAUUCGCGCUGUGCCUUCUAGUGAAUUUAUUUAACUACUCAAAAUCAUUCAUUUACUUAA